CCUCCUAUUCAACAGUCCCUCGUCGCUACAUGGGAAGAAUGCUGGCCAUUACCGAGUCCCCACAGCACCUUUGAAAGAUACUACCCCCCGGCCAUGCUGAGGCGGGGAGAGUGGGUGUAUGGGGAACACAAGACGGAAAGAGUGAAGCUGGACAUGCGCGGAGAUUGCAAAAGCUCUCCCUCGUCUAGUCCCAAGAACAGACAGCCGCUGAAGCCACGUCGCAGGAAGGAGGAUCAGCCCGUCACUCUCCCCAUACACACGUGGACGAAACAUACACAUGGAUCCAAGCGCCACCUCUCCGCGGAUUCCUGCUACCGAGUUCGAGGCAGAGUGGUGGGUAAUGGCGGUGUGUGUGGCGGCUCUUGUGUGCGGCGCCCUCACCAGCACCAGAUUACUGCAUCACGGGACUUCAUCAUCGAGAGGCCACUUUCCUACCGCAGCCUCCCGCGUGUUGCUGUGCUCCCAGGCUUCCGCGGGCCUCCUGCAGGUGACAGUCUCUUCGCCGGUCCUCUUGCUGGCCCUUGCUGACUGCUAUAGAGGCAAGGUGUCUGCAUGGGCGUGUAGCGUGGGCUGGGUGGCCUGGGGGUGGGCUUGGGGCGUGCAGGUGUUGGGAGUGCUGGUCAUCAGCUACGAGAGAGUGAGGUGCAUGGGUAGACCAAUUCAAGGAAUGCUGGAACCCCGCACUGCUAUUGUUCUUGCAGGAGCGACGUGGCUGUGUGGCGGCGUGGUGGGCGUCACCAUGGGCAAGGGUCUGGAGUGCUCCCUGGUGCGCCGUGGCCAGCCGGGCUUGGCGUUAGGCGUGCUGGUCGGCGCUCUGCUCCCUCUCCUCCUGCUGGGAGUCUUAUGGUCUCAUGGCAUCAGAAAGCUGCGUCGCGCCUCCACCACUGUCCAGACAGGCACCCGGUCUUCUUUUUGCUUCACAGGCGACAACGCUUCCAGGUGGCGCCUGCCUCCUCCCCGACCCUCGCACAACCUUGAGGCUAUAAUGUUCACCGUGAGUCAGUGGGCAGCCCCACUUCUUGCUGGGUCUACCUCGUCUCUCCCGGCGAGCGGCAGCGCACCCAGCCCCACCCUGCACCCUGAAGCCCUAUUGGAGGGAUCCCGUUCCCCUUCCCCUGUGUACUCCCGCCGCAGCAGCAUGUUGGAGGAAGAUACCUUUACACAUGGAGGUGUAUACAUUGGCUCCCUUCAGUCUCACAUCAGGGCACACAGCGGGCUCUGCAGAGAUCAGAACGUGCGAAGCCAAGGCUGCCAGACUGGUGAGGAGGAAGUGAGUCCUCCGGUGGUGGAGUGGAGGGUGCUACCGCCUACACCCACACUGCAAGAGGCCUUGCCGUUCCCUGCACCUUCAGCAGAGAUGGCCGAUAUUGGGGUGCAGUGCUGUCCCGGGGUGGAAUCAAUCUCUCCUUCUCCCCGAGAUAGCAGAAUGGCACUGGCGGGAGAGACGGAUCGGUUAGUGGUUCAACAGGACUCCUCGCAGGUGGUAGCGGAGAGCGCGGCGCCUGCCUUCCUCCUCAGCCUGGUGCAGGCAUUCCUGGGCAUCCCGUUGCCUCUGAUAGGCCUCGCCCUGCAGCUGAUGGACACAGGGCCUGUAUGGGCGUGGCGCGUCACCCUUAUCGCCCUCACAUUCACCAGUCCCUCCCCUGCUCUCGCCCACUGCGCCUAUUUGUGGGCUGCUGCCUCCACAACCCCGUUGCCGAGUGAUAUAUAGAUUUGUACAAUGCUAUACAAAUGUUGCACUUACGUGAAUAACCCGAUAAAAUUUCGUGAAAACAUAUCGCUACUCUUCCUUCUUCUUCUUCUUCCUAUUAUUAUUAUAAUUAUUAUUAUUACUAUUAUUAUUAUUAUUAUUAUUAUUAUUAUUAUUAUUAUUAUUAUUAUUACCAUUAUUAUUGUCAUUAUUAUUAUUAUUGUGUGAACAUUGUGACGAAUCGUGGAAGGCAGUGAAGGAAACACGGGCUGGGAAACGAACACUUUUCCUGACUAGUUUCGCUCAUGGGUAGAGCUCUGCAAUGCGACGCGUCAUGGCCUGCGUGCCAGCCAGGGCCACCUCGUACUCCGGUACUCCCUCUCCCAGCGCCUCAACACAAUCCCAUGCCCCAAGGUCUGCUGUGGCUGUGCUGUUCUAUAAAGAAAAUAAUAAAGAUAAAAGUCAGUGGAAAAUAAUAAAAUACUCCGGCAGCGAGAGGUGCGUAUCACUACAAAUUAUAGCAUUGGAGGAAGGAAAUUAGGUAGCUUAUUUGAUAAUGAUUCUUGGAUAUUCUCCAACUUAGCAGGAUAUAUUUGCCUUUGUAAUCCUUGGAAAAUCUAAAAAGAUAAUGUGUGUGUGUGUGUGUGUGUGUGUGUGUGUGUGUGUGUGUGUGUGUGUGUGUGUGUGUGUGUGUGUGUGUGUGUGUGUGUGUGUGUGUGUGUGUUUUGUGGAUUUCAGUAUCAUUAUUAUUAGACGAUAUGAAAUAAAGGUGAACGUGAUAACCUUGAGAACUGUAAUUUCUUCUUUGCUCUUAAUCAUCCUCAUCCUCAUGACAGCUUGAGACACAUCAGUGAGAAUGGCGCCCUGGAAGUGGCGUAGCAGCUUGGCCUACAACUCCACACUCAUGUGGUCCUCUUCCAGUUCCACCUUAGCCUUGGUUGCCCCAAGCUCUUCUUUCACAGCCCUGAUGAAGUUAUCUUUCUUCCAGUCUGUGUAGAUUAUGUUGUUCUGGAAAAAGAAACGUUGAGGGGUCUUGAAAGACACUACUUUAUUUUUUUCUUAAUGACCAUAUGACAAAAAUUUUGCUAUUAUUAAAUUCAUAAGUAGUUUAUCAUGCAUAGGUACCAAUUUUCUGAAAUUCUGGUUUUAUAACUAUUCAACAGUAUAUCUUUUCGUGAAAAAGGACUUUUCAGCUUAUAAUUGUCAGAGUAAGAUUUUAAGAUAUCGGCCGUCAAGGUGUGUGUGUGUGUGUGUGUGUGUGUGUGUGUGUGUGUGUGCGGCCAGAACCCCUCGAGUUACAUCCCGUACCCACAUUAAAAGGCUAGCUCAUAAAUUUUGUCUUGCUGCACUCUGAAUUCAACCCAAAGAUUCUUGGUUGUGAACCGAGUGUGUUGACCACUAUACUAUGCGGUGUGUGUGUGUGUGUGUGUGUGUGUGUGUGUGUGUGUGUGUGUGUGUGUGUACAUAAUCUUGGAAAAGUAAAGCUGAAAGCA